AUGUCUGUGGUUGAAUAUGAGAAUAAGUUUGCGGAAUUGGCUAGGUUUGUGCCAACCUAUGUAGAGACCGAUAGGCAGAAAGCGAAGAGGUUCCAGCAAGGUCUGAAACCUUGGAUUAGGAGCAAGUUAGCUAUUUUGCAAUUGGAGACUUAUGCGGCAGUGGUUGAGAAGGCAAUGAUUGCGGAGGCUGAAAAUGAGUUGUUUCAGAAGUCUAAAGAGGAUAAAAAGAGAAAGCCAGACAAUAGAGGAGGAUCAUCUCAUCAAGGGAGGUUCCAGAAGAAAGGGAAGUUUCAAGCAGGAGGAAAUCCUAAUUUUAAGAGAAUAGGCAGUGGUGGACAAGGAGGACGUUUUCUUACGGGAAGUCAGGCCAAUCAACAAAGGUCUUCAAUGCCGGAAUGUCAAACGUGUGGCAAGAGACAUGGAGGAGUAUGUAACAAACUGAAUGUGGUAUGUUUUAAAUGCAACCAGAAAGGACACUACUCUAGAGAAUGUCAGAACCAGCCAGCAAUAAAGGAUCAGACCAAUAGAGGUUCAACAAGUAAGACUCCAGCCAUAGGAUAUGCAUGUUUUAAAUGUGGAAAGCCAGGACAUAUGGCUAAGGACUGCAAGACACCAGCCCCUGUUAGCAAUGCACUUAGAAUCAUGGGAACUGUUCCAGAAGUGAAUGAAUCUCCUAGGGCAAGAGUCUUUGAUAUGUCAGUGAAAGAUGCUAUUCAGGAUGCCGAUGUGGUGACAGGUACGCUUAAUGUAAAUUCUAUAAAUGCCAAGGUGUUAAUUGAUUCUGGAGCCACUAGAUCAUUUAUUUCUCAAGCUUUUGUUGAUAAGUUGAAUUGUCCGGUUGAAUUGUUGAAUGAGGUUAUGAAUGUAGAACUAGCUAAUCAGGAUCGUAUCUCUGUUAAUCGAGUUUGCCCUGAUUGUGAAAUUGAGAUUUUAGGGAAUAAGUUUUGUGCCGACUUGAUACCUUUCAAGUUGGGGGAGUUUGAUGUAAUUCUAGGGAUGGAUUGGUUGUCUAAACAUAGUGCGCAGAUAGAUUGUAAAAAUAAGAAAGUAAUAUUAAGGACACCAGACGAUGAGAAGGAGCUGAAUAUGAGACAAAGGAGAUGGCUAGAGUUGAUUAAGGAUUAUGAUUGUACAAUUAAGUAUCAUCCAGGAAAAGCCAACGUUGUAGCGGAUGCUUUAAGUAGAAAGGAGAGGUUAAACGUAUUGACUGUGCCAGAGGAAUUAUAUAAGGAGUUUCAAAAGUUGGAAAUCGAAGUAAGAAUUCAUGAACCAGUAAAGAUAGCAUUGUAUACCAUGACCUUCCAACCAGAGUUAUUAGAGAAGAUUAAGAAGUGCCAGGAAGAGGUAAUGGAUCAGGAUGUGAACAAAUAUGCUAUAUCUGAUCCCUUGACUCGUGGAAUUAUUCCUGAUUCUUAUUUUGGAAUAUCUUUAAGAUGCUUCUGA